UCUAUAUGACAUUCACUUGAAGUGUUCCCUUUAGUUUCUUUUCCCAUUUCCAUCGUUUCCCCUCUAUUCCUGCAAAGACAACUAUUGGUGAAAGAAAGAAAGAUGUAUAAUAUAGGCUGCAACAUUCAAGAAACCCCAACUUGGAUUUCUCGUUGAUUUGACUCUUUGUUAGCAUUUUACGAAACCAUAAUGCGUAGAAACUGCUACUUUCUUCCCCUAUUUAUAACUUGAGAUUCAACACAUGACUCUGCUUCAUUCUUCUAUUUCUGGGCAUUCAUAAACAUCCUACCUUUUCUUCUUUUUCAUCUUUCUUUUAUUCAGUUGGGAUAUAUUACGCCCCUUAGUCAAAGCCUCAAAGAAGAAAGAUCGAUUUUUUGGGAACCUUUUCCUUUGAAUCAAACAUACCCAUUGUUUCUUUUGUAACUAAAUUAGUGGGUUUUUUAUAUUUAUGAGUUUUGGGAACAAUGAGAGACGAAAUCUUCAAGAAGAACAAGGUUUCAUGGCCUAAAACACUCAAGAAAUGGUUCAAUGUCAAAAACAAAGCUCAAGACUUUGAUGCGGAUGAUUUCAAUCAUGGAGGUAGAUAUGAAGGGUGGAGGAACAAAUUUUCUGCAAAAGAAAUAUGCACCAUCAAGAAAAGCAGAACAGAAAGAUCAAGCAAGAGGACUGCUGAUUGUCUUGGAGCAAACAAGCUUGAUCUUGAUCGUGCACAAGUGACGGAUGUUAAUAACUACAGGGUCUUUGUCGCCACGUGGAACGUCGCCGGAAAACCUCCAACGAGUUCUUUGAAUCUUGAAGAUUGGUUACACACUUCGCCUCCUGCUGAUAUUUACGUUCUUGGGUUUCAAGAAAUCGUCCCUUUAAACGCUGGUAAUGUACUCGGAGCAGAAGACAAUGGUCCGGCUAAAAAAUGGCAAUCCCUAAUCCGAAAAACGUUAAAUAGUCUUCCGGGAACGACCGAUGGAUACCAUUUCCCUUCACCAGUUCCCGAUCCAGUCGUAGAGUUAGAUUCAGAUUUCGAAGGAUGCGUCUCACAAAAGCCCUCGUCUUUCCUCCACCGGCGUUCUUUUCAAUCACAGAGUCGUAGCAUGAGGGAAAUCCCACAUCCCGGACUCGACAAUAGAUACAGCGUCUCUGAUCGAGCCAUUUUCGGGAACCGAUGCAACGAUUUUGACCUGGGUUUCGGGUCCGGGUCAUCCGAUGAAGAUAACGGGCCUGACGAUUCACCCGAUGGCCCAAAUUACACCCAAUUACCAUACAGCAGUUCUUUCUCGAUGGAGGAGAAAGAUAAACCGCUGGAGCAGUCUAAAUACUCAUUGGUUGCGAGUAAGCAAAUGGUCGGGAUUUAUCUUACUGUAUGGGUAAAGAGCGAUCUUAGAGACGAUGUUCAUAAUAUGAAAGUGUCGUGUGUGGGUAGAGGAUUGAUGGGUUAUCUUGGAAACAAGGGUUCUAUAUCUAUUAGCAUGUCGUUGCACCAAACGAGCUUUUGCUUCAUAUGUAGUCACUUGACAUCUGGACAAAAGGAAGGCGACGAGCUCAGAAGAAACUCGGAUGUUAUGGAAAUCUUACGGAAAACUCGGUUUCCACGUGUUCAAGAUACAGGAGACAAGAAUUCUCCUCAAACGAUUCUCGACCAUGACCGGAUCAUAUGGCUUGGUGACUUAAAUUACCGAAUUGCCCUGUCUUACCGGUCCGCCAAGACCUUGGUAGAGAUGCGAAACUGGAGGGCAUUGUUGGAAAACGAUCAGCUCCGAAUAGAGCACAGAAGGGGACGCGUAUUCGAGGGAUGGAAAGAAGGGAGGAUAUAUUUCCCUCCAACUUAUAAAUAUUCAAAUAAUUCCGAUCAUUAUGCAGGAUACGAUAUGCAUCCCAGAGAAAAACGAAGAACUCCUGCAUGGUGUGAUCGAAUCUUGUGGUAUGGAAACGGACUCCAUCAAAUGUCAUACGUUCGAGGGGAAUCUAGAUUUUCGGAUCAUAGACCCGUGUACAGCAUAUUUUUAGCAGAAGUUGAGUCUAUUAAUACCCGAAACCGGUUCAAGAAAAACAUUAGUAGUUAUUCAGCUAGGAUCCAAGUUGAAGAACUGUUACCCUAUUCACGUAGAUAUGGAGAUCUAAGUCUCUACUGAUCACUAUUGACACAUCCAUGGGGACAACAGUAAUCGAUUCGUCAACAUCCCCCAAAAAGAAUUUGUGGAUUUUGCUUUCCAUUUUUCGAAUUCUUAGGCAACCACACGGAAACUGCUGGCGAUUCGGAAAGAGAUCAUUCUUACGUAGAGGCAUCAGACUGCUGAUUAGCUUGGUCAUAUGACUUACCAUGAUUCUUUCUUUCUUUUGUUUGAUUUUAUACACCAAAAGAUAAAACACUGUAUUAAAAAAGAUGAAACUGUUAGUAUGUAUUUUUAUUUAUGGCCUCAUAGAACAGUUAGCUUGGCAGCCCAUAUACCUCUCGGCCCUUUGUAUAGUCUGGCGGAUGAGAUGUAUAUAUGUGUUGUAUGAUCGCAUAAUGGACGUUUAUAGAAUUAUCUUCACCAACAUAAA